GCCACACAACCAUGGAAUGUGCUUCCAUUUAUAUUAUGUGAUUCUCAUCAAUUAUCUGUUUCAUGGAUGUGAGACUGAUUUGAUGCUUAGACUAAUUUGGGGAUGGGAAUUGUGGAGACCAGUUUUGAGCCUUGGGAUUCUAAUGUUAGCUUGAGGCACCUUAACUUAGUAGGCUGUAACUUUGCACUCUUGUGACUAUUUUGUGUAUAUGUAUCUGUUUUGUGAUCAAAUGCAAUAGAUGGAUACAUAUGGUCACUUUCUCAAUAUUUCAUUGUUUUUGGUUCCAUAUGUGGCCUAAUUGUUUAGUCGUUGUAGAUAUCCAGGCAUAUUUUGGUCAUUUAUCUCUUUGAAGUCUUUAUCUAUUGGCUUGAUUCGUCUCAGAUGUUUGAUGAACAGAAAUAGAUAUAGGAAUCUAAAUCAAAUUUUUUGCUUGGAACCACAGUCUUUGCUUGAAGAACUACCUUAAUGAUAUGACAAAACUCACAAGAACUUGUUCCUACUUCCUUUAUGGGUUGUCCUAUGGCUUGGCAGUUUCUAGAACUGAAGUCAUGGCCCUCAACCUUUUCUGUGUUUAUCUGGAUGAUGGUUCUGUGUGCAUUGUUGGGGUUAAGGGGUUCUUUACUUGUAUUUGGGAAUCAUGCUGGAUUUAAGAGGUUCUAUUUGUGGCUCGGUUAGGGUAUUUGCUUGUGAUCAUGGUCUACACAAGACUUGGAAAUAGGUUUGGUGAUUAGAUUGUGUUUUAGAGAACUGGCUAUGAUAGUGCCUAGAGUUUUCCUGGAGAGUAUGUGCCAGAGCUGAAGUGUUGAGGAUGUGUGACUUUUAAGUAUUUUGAGAUGCUUGAUGAGCCAUGUCGAUGACUUGGAAUGAGGAAAAGGUGGGUCCUACAACUAGGUCAUGAGUGGUUGGGAUCCAUAUCAAUUUGGAUAUGUGCUAAUCUUGGCUAUUAUUGCAAUCAAAGAGUCAGGGGUCUCUUGGGUUGGCAAGAGACCCCCGACUCAUGGUGGGGUUAACUUGAACAUUUGAAAGAGAUGGGGGCACAGGUGGCACUUUGUCAGAAUCAUAAUGCCUUGUAGCUCAAUGGUUUUUAAGGGCCUGCAUUGGUUAAAGAUUCGGAGUGUUACUCAAAUGGAAUCAUCAUAUCAUCAAACAUAUUGAAAAAAUUAUGCAAAAUUCAGUGAAUUGAAUACCUUCAGCACAUGCAACUAGUAGUUAGAUUUUCAGAUUUUGGAACGUUAGUUGUGGUUCCUAGACCAAUAGAUUUGUCACGAUGUGCAUUAAGUUGCUAAUCUACACACAUAUAGUGGGAGUGGCAAUCACCUGUUUCAGAUUAUUAAGAAUCUGUUUUUGAAUUCUGGAAUAAUUAUAGCUACAAAGUUAUGAUUACUGAAACAAUAAUCAGAUGGACUUGAAUAGUUUUCUCUACCAGGCCUUUCUACAGCGAGAAUCAUGAACAGGCUAAAUCUUAAAGCUUGCCCAAAAUAUUGGGGUUGAAAGUUGUGGAUUUAUAUUUUUUUUGUUCUUUUUAAUUUUUGAAGGUUUUGUUAGUUGUCCAUUAAUUUGUUGGGAUAUUGUUUGUUUUGCUGGAAAAGGUCUUGCAACAACUGGUUGUAUGAAAUCUCUCUAUAUGUGCUUUAAAAACUAUAAUCUUUUAAACGUAAUUUUCUGAACUAUAAUUUUUCACUUAAAAAGAAACUGUAAUUUUUAUAAAUGUAAGAGUUUAUGUUUCUUUUGAGUGUUUGUGGAAAAUUCUGGGGUUUUCCCCAAAUUUAAAGAACCCCAAUCAUUCUACAGCUCAUAUGUUCUGGAGAAUUGUUACCUGACUGUUAUAAAAAACUUUUUUGUUUGUUCUAGUAAAAAUUAAAAACAAACCUUUUUACUGAUUUGGUUGUUAAUGUUGUGCAACCUUUCAGUGGUUGAAUUUUCACUCUAAAAGAAAUCUGCAUGUAAUAAGUGAAAAUGUGUUAUAUGGAUUUUAGGACCCAAAUUUAGACAUAACUGUGAUAUGACCCUAGUUGUUCUUGUAUUUGAAGGUUUUAAAUUUUGGGUAAUUUUUAUGUAUGAGUUCAAAUUUCCAGCCAUUGAGGGGCAACCAUAAUUUACAAUAGUUGAUUCAAGUUUUUGUUUGCCCCCUGUAAUUCUGACUAGACACUAAAUUCAUCAUCUUAUUUAGAGUUUUCUUUUGGUGGAUUAGUAGUGGGGAUGUGUUUGGCAUUUGUGUUAAUAGAUGGUGGGACCCUAAUUUGAUUCUUAUGAAUAAGGGCUCAAACAUCGGUUCAUUUAUGGUAUACAUUUCAACUUUCAGUGCAUUGGGUGGGCAAGCCAAAUUCAGCGCAGUCCAUUGAAAAUGGUCUACUGGUAAUAGUGUGUUAGAGAUGGGGAAGAAGUCGAGAGGCCAUCCACCGACCUAUGUACAAGACCUACUUCCACAUGUGGAGCUUUAUGUCAAUAACAAAAAUAAUGAUCCAUGUGAUGUCGAUUCAAUGGUCCAUCACCUUCGUUCCACCAACCCGAAAUUUAAACGCCAAAAGCUUGGGCCUUUACAGAGUCUGUCAUAAAAGCUCUCCAAAUCAUUGAAACGAGGCUUGACCGAUUGCCUCCUUCCAAGCGACUCAAGAAGGUGGAUCGUGAAGAAGAGCGUUUGCUUCACUUGGAAAAGAAGCAUUUGCAUCAUAGUGCGGCUAAAUGGAAAGGAAUUGGAGGUUCAGAUGAAGAAGAAGAGGAUAGUGAUGAAGAAGACGGCGAAGUUUCGAGCUCUGAGGAGGGAUAUGAUAUGGAACCCUCCUCUGAUUUGAUGAAGUCUAUGAUGAGGUCGAAUUAUGGCGCAUCUAAUGCCUCUGCUAUUGCUAGAGAAAAAAUGCUUGUUUCAUCGGCAUCGAUGGGUUCGAUAAGCGAAGCGGUGGUUGUUUCGUUGGGUUCAAUGGGUUCAGAAAGGGAAAGAAUGGUCGUUUCAUCAGGAUCAAUGGAUUCAGAAAAUGAAGCAACGGUUGUGAAAAAUUUGGAGUUGGAGUUGAUAGAGAGUGGAGGGAGUAAGGUCAAUAGUGAUGGUAUUGAAGAUUGUGCAUUAAAAGAAAUGGAAGAAAAACACAAUUAUGCAGGUGCUGUAAAUCAAUCAAGGGGUGCAUUGCCCACCAAUGGUAGCCUUCGUUCAAGGAGAGAUGGUCCCACCUUUAAGGAUCUUGGUGGCAUGAAAGAAGUAUUGGAUAAAUUGUUGGCAGAGGUGGUUGUUCCCUUAUUCUAUCCUCAGUUGCUUACAUGGUUGGGUGUGAGGCCAGUGGCUGGUAUCCUUUUGCAUGGCCCUCCUGGGUGUGGUAAGACCAAGCUAGCUCAUGCUAUUGCUAAUGAAACAGGGGUUCCUCUAUACAAGAUUUCUGCCACUGAAGUGGUUUCUGGCGUCUCAGGUGCUUCUGAAGAGAAUAUCCGUAACCUAUUCACAAAGGCACGCAGAACUGCUCCCUCAAUCAUAUUUAUUGAUGAGAUAGAUGCUAUUGGUUCCAAAAGAGAGAAUUUGCAGAGAGAGAUGGAGAGGCGAAUUGUCACUCAAUUGCUGACUUGCAUGGAUCAAUCACACCAAGUAACUGGUUUUGUUGAGAAAUAUUCUGAUUUGGAAGAAUCAGAAGACAAAGUUGGCAAUGUUCUUGUGAUUGGAGCUACAAAUCGACCUGAUGCUGUGGACCCUGCCCUAAGGAGACCCGGUAGAUUUGAUAGGGAGAUUUUUUUGGGGAUCCCUGAUGAGAAUGCUCGAAUGGAAAUUCUCUCUUUAAUUACUCAAAAUUUAAGGCUGGAGGGCUCAUUUGACUUCCAAAAAAUAGCUAGAUUGACACCUGGGUACGUAGGUGCUGAUUUGGAGGCUCUAAAGAAUGAAGCAGGUAACCUAGCGAUGGCAAGAAUUCUACCUGAUAAGAUGCCCAUGAUCCGAUCUGUUUUGGAUGAUAGAGGAAAUAAAGAAGCUCAAUUUCCAUUUUCUCCGGAGGAAAUGGAAAAGCUCAGUAUAACGAUGGCCGAUUUUGAGGAAGCAACAAAGAAGGUACAACCUUCAACUAGAAGAGAAGGAUUCUCUUCGAUACCUGAUGUUAGAUGGGAAGAUGUUGGAGGUCUGAGUUCCUUAAGAAAUGAAUUUGAUCGUUAUAUUGUCAAUCGAAUAAAGAAUCCUGAGGACUAUGAGGAGCUUGGAAUGAAUUUAGAGACUGGUUUUUUGUUGUAUGGACCACCGGGAUGUGGUAAAACUCUGAUUGCUAAGGCUGUUGCAAAUGAAGCAGGAGCAAAUUUCAUACAUAUCAAGGGUCCUGAGCUAUUAAGCAAAUACGUAGGUGAGAGUGAAUUGGCAGUUCGGAUCCUAUUUAAUCGAGCUCGUGCAUGCUCUCCAUGCAUACUCUUUUUUGAUGAGGUGGAUGCUUUGGCUACAAAGCGGGGAACAGAUGGAGGACAGGCAGCGGAGCGGCUUCUAAACCAACUUCUUAUAGAGCUAGAUGGUGCUGAUCAGCGUAAAGGUGUUUAUGUCAUUGGCGCGACAAAUCGACCAGAAGUGUUGGACAAAGCUGUUCUAAGACCAGGCAGGCUAGGCAAACUUCUUUAUGUCCCAUUGCCCAGUGCCAAAGAGAGAGAAUUGGUUUUGAGAGCGGUUUCUCGAAAGAUGCCAUUGUCUACUGAUGUUGAUUUGGGCGCACUCAGCCAAAGAGAGGCCUGCAAUAAUCUUAGUGGUGCCGACCUUGCUUCACUGGUGAAUGAAGCAGCCAUGGCUGCCUUGGAAGAAAAAUUGCAGUUGCCAAAAGCAGUGACCACUGGAGAGAAGAAGCCACUGGUCAUCAACGCCUCCCAUUUCGAGAAUGCCAUGUCAAAGGUUGUCCCAUCUGUAUCUGUGAAGCAAAGAAGAUACUACGACAACUUGGCUAGGAUAUUCGGGCAAGCAAUGAAUCAGAAACCUGGUUCGAUAGCAAUAGGUGGACAACAUGGUUCCACCAUUGAUACUCAACCCGAGCUCUGAGUCCGCACUUGGUUGAAGAAAAGAAUUUUGUCAUAUAUUUUCACUAGAGAGCUCAUGCAGUCUCUACGUCAGCCCAUCCAAAACAGGGUGGAGGCCGCUCGCUUAAUUUUUGGAAAGCCUAAAUAACGUCAUGGGUUGUCUAAUUUUUGAGAUUUAAGUGAGGAUGUAACAAUUGUUUUGUCAUGGGCUCUUACUAUGGAGAGCAUCUGAUGCAUUUUUGUUUUUGAUAAUUUGUCUGUAAUGCAAAAAGUUUUGUUAUUUAUUUAUUCCAAGAGUAAUGGAAUUUUUGUAUACUUUGAAAAAUAAUGUUUGCAGUUGCAACUUCCAUAAAGGAGGCA